GUAUGGUGUCUCGUUCUUAGAUUCUUGAUGUCUACCUGUACUUGUUCCAAAAUCAAUCACCAUCCAACGAUCGUCAACUGCUCCGGUCACUGUCCAGAUAGGUCAUCGGCGUCGACUUCCUCCAGCCGUCCAACGACGGUCGACAGCAGUCCAACCCAUCAGUUUCAUCUCCCCCAACACUCAGCCAACAACCUCGUUUCACGCUUGUUGCAACAUAGAUGUAGAGAAAUGAAGAAUACCUCAUUACCAAAGCUGAGGGUACUAUUCUUGACGAACGAGAAGUUAGAAACUGAAACAUCUUUCAAUGUAAGAAGAUUGGCUCAGUUUUUGGGUCGCCCUUUUUCUUUAGAUGAAGAGAUGCGUGGAGUUGUAAGAAAGAUUUCCAUGAAGAAAACUAAAGAAAUACAAAGAAACAAAGAUGUUGAAGAUCAAAUGGAUUAUCUUUCUCAAGAGAUGAAGGAUCAUAUAGAUCAAAUCACUAAAAACCGGUUCAAAGGUUCGGGUCUUAUAAUUGGUUAA